AUGCAUCUCGUCCUAUCUCGCGUCGAGCCAAAAGACCUCGAUGCCAUCGUGCCCAUGAUGUUUCAAUCUUUUCACAACAUCGAUCUCGCCAACGUCUUCUUCGGCCGCGACAGCCCCGCAUCAUACGCAUACGCCAAAACACAGAUGCUGGAAGGAAUCCAAGAAGACCCGGCCGACGUGUCUCUCAAGAUCGAGGACCUCGAUGCCGAAGUCGAUGUCAAGAUCCUCGAUGAACGGGGAAAUCCGGUCGGGACGGAACGUCGAAAAAGAAUUGUCUGCAGCAGUAAUUGGAAGGUUUAUCCUACCUAUGUCACGCCCAAGGAGGAGGACGAAAAGCAGCAGCGACACCGACAACGACGACCUACCGAGAACUCACAGACUGGUAGUGGUGACGACCAUGAUCAUGAUGUUGUUGUCAUCCCAGCCACUGAAACCAUCAAACCCAAGGCGGCCGUCCAGGAACCGUCAUUCGCGUAUCUCAAGACAGAACAGGAACGUCUGGACGCGGCGAUUCUGAUGCGAGACUUCCUCGGCCGUCGCCGGCGUGAGUGUCGCGAGGGCCAUGUCUUGUGUUUCCUGCUCUUCACCGACCCGGCGUAUCAGGGCAAAGGAUGCGGACGGAUGAUGAUGCAGUGGGGAAACGACGUCGCGGAUGCCCUCAUGCUGCCGUGUUGGAUUGAGGCCAGUCCCGCGGGAGAGCUGUUGUAUCUGCAGAUGGGGUAUGAGGGACGCGAGAGGGUCCGGAUUCAGACAGAGAGCUUUCUGGGGGAGUAUCUACAUAUGCGACGGCCGACGAUGGUGGAGAGGGUGAGAUUGGAUGGGCGGAGGUUGGUGAGGGAGCCUGUGAAGGAGUAA